ACCUCGGAAGGCUUUACAGGAAGGCUGCCGGUCGCUGCCGGCCAGUGCUCCUUGGUUGGUGCCUGAGGCUUUCGGUGUCUCCACAGGCACAACGCUGCUCGCACCAUGGCUUGGGUCCCGAAUGCACCACAGCGUCUCGUGAGACAAGGGUCCUCGGAGCCUCUUUAGUGCCGGAGCUCUGGCCGCAGGCAGCCCCGCGGCGGCGGAAGAACAGAACCUCUGAAAUGGAUGGACUCUUCCCAAGCAGCUUUGCUAAUUCACAGCAGCUGGACAAUGUUCCUCAUUAAUACCUGUCUGUCAGCAUAAUCGUCACAUCAUUUCACUCUGGUGGCAGGCACUCAGCUCCGAAUUCUAUAUAGAAAAAGCACCUGGAUCCCAGUCUUUCAAUGGCUUCGAGACAACCAGAAGUGCCUGCUCUAGAGCCUAGUGGGCCUCUAGGCAAGAUGUCCCUGCCCAUCGGGAUGUACCGCCGGGCAUUCAGCUAUGAUGAUGCCCUCGAGGACCCUACACCCAUGACUCCUCCUCCAUCGGACAUGGGCAGCAUCCCCUGGAAGCCAGUGAUUCCAGAGCGCAAGUAUCAGCACCUCGCCAAGGCGGAGGAAGGGGAGGCCAGUGUCUCCUCCCCUGCCAUGACCAUGUCAUCGGCCACUGACAGUGUGGACAAGGCCCCUGUGGUGAAGGCUAAAGCUACUCAUGUCAUCAUGAAUUCUCUGAUCACAAAACAGACCCAGGAGAGCAUUCAGCGUUUUGAGCAACAGGCAGGGCUGAGAGAUGCUGGCUACACACCCCACAAGGGCCUUACCACCGAGGAGACCAAGUACCUGCGAGUGGCAGAAGCACUCCACAAAUUAAAGCUACAGAGUGGAGAGAUAACAAGAGAAGAGAAGCAGCCGGCCUCAGCCCAGUCCACCCCCAGCAGCACCCCGCACUCCUCCCCUAAGCAGAAGUCCAGAGGCUGGUUCACUUCUGGCUCUUCCGCAGCCUUACCUGGCCCAAAUCCUGGCCCCAUGGAUUCUGCAAGUGGGGACAAGGACAGAAACUUGGCAGAUAAAUGGAGCCUCUUUGGACCAAGAUCCCUCCAGAAGUCUGAUUCAGGAGGUUUUGCCACCCAGGCUUACAGAGGAGCCCAGAAACCUUCUCCGAUGGAACUGAUCCGUGCCCAGGCCACCCGCAUGGCUGAAGAUCCAGCAACCUUCAAGCCACCCAAGAUGGACAUCCCAGUGGUGGAAGGGAAGAAACAACCGCCACGGACCCACAAUCUCAAACCCCGUGACUUAAAUGUGCUCACACCCACUGGCUUCUAGAGCUCUUUGUAUUCCAGGGACUCUGGAUAGAGGAUAUCUUGUAUCCAAUUCUCUUUUUACCUUGGCUUUGACAUAGGAAAGGUUUCUUUUUUUUUUUUUUUUUUAACCUCUUAAACCGAGGCUAGAGCUGGAGAUAUAAUUGGGUUUUGAGGAAUGUUAGUGUUAGUGCAAAGCUUAUCCUUGUGUGGAAGAAGCCAUUUUGUAUGGUUUAAAGUUAAAUCCCAGCAGUGAUGUAUGGGGGACCUCAUUACCCAUUUUUGUAUCAUUUACUUAGACAAGAACUUUGAUCACUGCUUACUAGGUAAAUAAUGUUUGUGUUGGUCCAGAACUGAGGCUUCUUGAUGUCUUUACCACUAUCAACACGUGUGCAUGGAGAAACCAUGAAAUAGAUGUGUUCACGAGCUAGUUUAGACUUUGGCCCUCUUGACUAGUGUACUUCUGUAUGUUCCAGCCUUGUCCGUGGGGCACCUGAGAUCUAUUUGAGCCGGACUCGGCAGGGACCCCUCUCCCUAUGCUGAAACCGGAGCGUCCUUGCCUUUCGGUAGGCCUUACGGAUCAUGUCAUCUUGCAGCCACUCAUCGCCGGAGCGCCUCUUUGGCCAGUGCUGUUGGAGGGAUGCUUCUCUUAUGUGUCACAGAGCAAACACUAGUCUUGCAUAUCCUUUUUUGCGCUUUGAAAAUGAGAGUAACUCACAAUUCGGUUGAAAACUUCCUAAGGGAGGAAAUUUAGUGUACUGGUUUGGUAUAGAUAAAUGGAUGUUAAACUUUUUUAGUAUGGAAGGUGGUACCUACAUUUAGAUUAUAGUCAUUGAGGUUCAUGUGAAACCAGUGUCACCCUAUUUUGAAUUUUUUUUUUUCCAUUUUGAUUUUCUUGUUCAGGCGAAGCAUAAAACUUUUUUUUUUUUCUGGGAGGUAGAAGAAUUUAAAAAUUUUCUAUAUGAAAUCAUUGUCCCCCACAAAGAGCUGCAUACUUUUAUAAAUAUGUAAGUUACUGAGGAACAUUUAUUUUUCCUCUCACCAUGUAUAUGUUCAGUCAUUGUUCUAAACACAGUCUCAAAUUCCCACUGUUUUGUUUUAUUUUGGAUAGUGUCCUGUCUACAUAAGGACCUUGGGCUGACCUUUCCAUAGAGAAGCCCUGGAGUCUAAAAUGAUCAGAAUAAUUAAUUUAUUUGUGUCUUCUGUUCUGUAUGCUUGUAUUUCUUAUUUGUUUUGACAAUAAAAAUCCUUAGUGCUUUCUCAAACGUG